CAGUUUCAUGAAAGUCGCCUUCCUGGGAGGAUUUCAGGAAACGUACUUGAUAUACGUGCACUGCAUAGAUCUCCAUUGAGUGGUGCGAAUGUGCAUUUACCAACCAGAUUGAUGGCUCUUAAAGUUCAGAGGCGGAAGAUCCUGACUGCUGGUGGGAUGCGGGAGUGCACCGUUUUUUUCUACCCAAACUUGGUACAGCGUUUCUACAUUUUUGUCCCAAAUUUCAUUGUCAGAUGCCUCAUUUGCUUUACCCCUUAGCAGCAGCUGGCAGACGAAAGUAUCGAGCAAAGGUUUCCUUGAACUGCAGUGCAGAAAGGUUCCGAGCAGUGUCAUCUAAAGGUCAAGUGCUGCCGCCCUCACCAAGCAAACCGGAAACAAGCAGAGAUCUUCCCUGGAGGCUACACCAGGAAGUUGGGAAUAAAAUCCCAGCACAAUGCUCCUCACCGGGGCCACCGAUCCAACUGAAGAUGAGACGGCAGACAAGCCUCCCAGGUGUUCACUGCCAGAAUUUUAUGCAUUUCUUGAGAAUUUUAAUAAGGAGAGCAAGAAAUCGAGUCUCCGAAAAACUCACGGUAUUUCACCUAGUGAGGCACAGGAAAUGCUUAGUCAAAACCUCAAUGCCAUGUCAUUCACCAGUGGAGCUGAUGUGAGGGAUGAAGACCCCCGGCCCAUUUUCACGUGCAAGGUGGUUAGAAAAGAAAAGGAGCAACCAGAAUCGAUGACCGAACUGCUGUACCGAAGCUUGUUGACCAGCUCAACCUCUCCGGGGAAGGGACUCUCCAGAUCCCAACAGAGGCUCUUGCGGAGUGGGAUUCCUCCCCCUGCACACACUUUUCCUCAUGAGAUUCUCAUCAAUCACUCCAGCUCCUCGUCACUGUUCCCCACACAGAAGACUCAGAGAAUUAACAUAUUACACGGGCUGGGCAUUUCCAGGAUCAUGCCAGAAAAUUUCACCUUUGAGCACAAAAUUGCUAAGUACUUCUUAGUUGAUCCAGAAAAACAAUUCAUGGAUCUAAGGGAUCUGGAGUGGAGGUAUUACAAGGGGAUCGUGAAGUGCAAGCACGGUACUUCAGAUUCAUUCAUAAAUAUAAAAUACAACAGUGAGAAGAGAUUUGUGGAGAGCCAGCAGAUGCCUGGUGUUAUUUCCCCCCCUCUAGUUUAUAGGUCUUUAGUCAUUUAUCCUCAGGUUGAUUAUCCAAAAAGUACAACUUCCUCUUAAAUAAAACAUGUAGCUUAUUAAAAUAUCUUGGAUGUAGAUUUUGCUUUUGACAGCAUUGAACUUAUACAUGAAAAGUAAAGAAGCAGAGGGGAGGAGCCAUGGAACAUAAGAACUGGAUCCAUACAAUAUUCAUGGAAGUCCAAAAUCAAGCCAUUAAUAUGGAGAAAAAAAUUCGAAUUGAUCUGUUUGGGUAAGACUAGGUUUGGACUUGUGAAACCCAUCUGGACCAAGGCUGAGGCAAAUCUGGAUCAUGUGAAAGGUAAGGAUACCGAGGAAGAAGAACUACCAAGUAAGAAUACCUCUUUAAAAAGUAAGCACACGAAGAAGUAUAUUAUCAUAAAACUAGUUGGUAAAUUUAACAAAUGGAAGAAUUAACCCCUGAGGAUA